UUCAUAUAUUGUCUGGACCUGCUCACUCUACCUUUACUACUUUCUUCACUUUCUUACCCGACCGACCGUCCCCCUCCUGUGCUCGUUGCCCAUCUGGUCAGCCCGUCGACGGUAUCCUAGACGCUGUUGGAUCCAGAAUCUCGUAAAAAAAAGCGAGCGGCCGCGCGGACGAAGCAUCCUCAACCCACCCAGCGCACGCCGUUUCAUCCACCUGCGUUCCACGACAGGCCGCAACUGCCUGUAUCGUCUCAUACGCAUGCCCUCGUGCAUGAACCACACCGCCACCAACCAGUUCCUCUGCCGGUGACAACAGAUCCCCGCUCCAUGGAGCCACCGCUCGGACAGCCUCCUGUGCUGCCGUCGGACGACGACCAGCCGCCUGAGAAGCCCUACCAUGCCAAACGACCUCACAGAAAGUCUCGCAAGGGCUGCCUCACGUGCAAGGCCCGCAAGGUCAAGUGCGAUGAGCAUCGCCCCAUCUGCAGGAACUGCAGGCUACGCAAUCAAGAAUGCGUUUACGCAACUCCCCCAGACUCGGGCUCAGCCUCGUCGCCAUCUGGCUCGGCCUCGUCCUCGUCUUCCGCCUCCCUAGUACGCGCUGCUGCUGCUCCGUCCAUCAUCAUCGAGCCGCAGUUUCUCCCCCCUGAUUUCGACGAGACUGCCAUGAGGUUUCUCUGGUAUUACACCACAAACACCUGCUCAUCCUUCACCAUCGAGGGCGGCGACUGGAGACCCAUCGAGGAUAUUAUGAGGACCACCGUGGUGCAGUACGCCUUCGGUUCGCCUUUCCUCAUGGAUACCCUGCUCGGCCUGGCUAGCCUUCACCAGCAGACACUCCUCUUGGACCACAAUCAGCAAAGGGCCAUUGCGUACAGGGCUCGCGCAUUCGAAGGCUAUCGGCACGUUAUAACAUCUCCAAAUGGCAAGGACCGAUGCGCCAUGCUCGCCAACGCCCUGCUCCUCACGGCACUCGCUUCGGAAAACUUCCGAGACUUGUACGGCCCCAAGUGCUACAUCGUCAACUGGAUGGUUGUUUGGAGAGGCAUCGGGCUCUUGAUCGACCACAUAGGUCCCGAAGAGGUCCAAGCAAGCGGUCUCGAGCCUCUAUUCUACAGGCCCCAGAUAGACCUUGGCCUGUCGGCCGCCGAUAUUCCAGCCCACCUCCUCACCAUGCUGGAAGCCAUCAAGGAAGGCGAUCCGGAGCACCAGCAUAUUCGGAUAUACUACAAAGUUCUCGAGUUCCUGGGCUCGCUCUUUCAGAAUCUACGCUUAGGCGGCUUCGGCGCAGUCAUGAGGUUGCGCAUCAUUACCUGGCUGACGUUUCUGCCUCAACAGUUCGUGGACUGCGUGCAGAACAUGCUACCACGAGCUCUUGUGAUCGUUGCUCACUAUGUCCCCUUUCUCAAGCUUAUGAGCGCAGUUUGGUGGCUCAAGGGCAUCGGGAACCGUUCGCUCCACGAUCUGCUGGACCAUCUGGGCCCGAAAUGGAGCCAUCUCCUCAAGAUGCCACAAGAUGCCAUCCGUGAGGAGGAUGAGCUCAAGGUCGCUCGCAUCAUCUUGGGUAACCCGCGGUGGAUAUCCCAGACGCCUGGCGGGAAUUACUGGGAUGCUCAGCAGGAAGCCGAAACCAGGGCGCUUACCUGGGUCGACGAUCAGGGAAGAGCAGUGCGCGCUAGGACCGUGACCGAAGUUCCCGACGAGGUUAACCUGGCGCCUGGACUUGGAGAAGGGUCGUAGCCAGUGCGUCUGUCCUCUAGGACCCAAGCGCUCGCAGCUGAGAGAGUCUACUACGACCCUUGACGGAAGCGCAGGACGGGUGUCUACCCGCAUCGUGGCGCCUUGUCUAUAGGCUCACGAAAUGGGCAAUCCAUGCAAUGGGAAGCGGCUUGGGUGUGAAUUGCUCUUGAGGGUUAGCAGUGGAAGAGAUUGGUUACAUAGAAUACCCCGGGUCGUGAGAGAACACUUGGGAUGUUGGGAAGUUUCACAGCGGCAUACGGUCUAGCGUUACGAAAUAGUUGGUACACACCUUCAGCGCCCGUCUGUUUUCAGGCUAAGCGG